CGUGCAUGGGACUCCGUAUUCCAGGAUCGAAGUUGUUGCUCACAGAAUAACCUUAAAUCGAGGGAGUAAGCUCGACCACGAGAUCGUGACUAAUCAGGUACCAGUGCGAUGCAGGUAACACGAAGCGAUGAGAUCAUCGAAUGAUUCUAGAUGCUUGGCGCAUGUUGCAUGAUGACCGCUGUUGCAGACCGCUGUUGCUUAAAAGACGGGGUGCUCCCAGAGCUCUACGGACCUCGACGUCGAGCUUCCCAAUCGAUACCAAGCGACUCAGUAUGAUCUGCUCGCUCUAUUGGGCUGUGCUCCUCAUCUCGUCUGCUCUUUGGUCGCAGUGCUACGUGUCCGGCUACAUCAAUGUGACAUAUCCGACUUCCGCAGCGGGCUGGUGAGUCAGAAGAACAGAGAUUGCCCGACUCUUUCAUUUAUCUUACGCCGCCUUAAUUCUUGCAGGAUCGCUGGAGGAGAAAAUCG